AGAACCCUCGACUUUUGAAUGUGUCGACAGGUCUGGAUGUAGAGAGGCCACAGAAAACGGUGACCUCGAUCUUUUAACUUUACGUCAGUUUGAUUGUUUGGCAUUUUGUGCCGCAGAGAAUCUGGUAACGCAUACAGAGCAAUUCGGCAUCUGGUAAAUUUCCAACAGACUUGAUUUCAAUUCAUUAGUUGUGUACAUGCCUGGCAUUUAAUGUUGAUUUCUUUUCUUUUUACAUUUGCUGCUCUUGCAGGUUCCCACUUUCGGAAUGGCACACUACAUUGAACAAGGGAUUAUCGAGCAGACAAAAUCCCCCAUGCAGUCCCCCAGCUCAGCAGCAGAGGUGGAUGGUGAAUCAAACAAUGCAGUUGCAGGCGUACCUUCUGCUGGAGGAUCUGAUGGGAAACAGUCUUCUAGCUCGGCUGUACGUGCUAGGACUCGAUGUAGCAGUUCUACGGCAUCCACCUCUUCGCAAUUAAAGUUAAUGCUGGGAUCCAAUUUCGAGGUUGGGGAGAAGAUUGGAUUUGGCGAGUUGAGAUUAGGUUAG